AUGGUUCGAUUCACUUCUACCUACACAGCAGCCAUCUUGGCUUUGGCGUCCUUUGCUGCGGCUCGUCCUGCAGAGUGUCACGUUAAGAGCGCAGGCGCUCAUAACGACACGCCUGCUCCUGCAGCCUCCUCGCCCGUUGCUGACGUCGCGUCCGUUCCCGGCACCUCUUCCAGUCCUGGAACUUCGCCUGUUCCUGACGCUGAUAACACCCCUGCUCCUGACAACUCACCUAUUCCCUCGCCUACCUCUCUCGUCAUCCCGUCUUCCACCAGCAUUCUCGCUGUUGUCCCGUCUCCAACUAGCACUCUCGCUGUCGUCCCGUCUCCUACCGCCUCGUCGGCUUAUGCACAGACUUUCAAUGGAGACCUCACCUGGUAUGGAAAGGACUGUGGAGAAGAAUCAUGCUGGCAAGAUGGAGCCUGCGCCUUCGUCGACUAUGUCCUCCCCGCCACGAUUGACGGCUCAACCUGCGUCUCCGAAGUGAUCUGGAACAGCUCCUACCACUGCGGUGCCUGUGUCGAGAUCGACUACCAGGGCACGAAGAAGAUCGCCAUGAUCACCAACAAGACUGGUGGUGAUUCCGUCCACCUGGAUCUCUCACCCAACAUGUUCUCCAAGCUUGACAACAAGAACAAGGGCAUGAUUCACUCCACCUGGAAAUACGUCGAGUGCCCCAUCGCCGAUCCUCUCCAGAUCCGCAUGCACGGCGGUUCGUCCCAGUACUGGUUCGCUGCUACCGUCGUCAACGCCAAGCUCCACACUGCCAAGCUCGAGGUCUCUAGCGAUAACGGAAACACCUGGAAACCAACCACUCGCAACAUCAACAACUUCUUCACCCUCGUCGGAAACGGCGGCACUGGCACCAAGACUGCCUGGGUCAGGCUUACUUCUGACCUUGGCUCUCAGGUCAUUGUCAAGGAUGUCGAGUUGGUUUCUGGAAAGACCACCAAGGCCACUGCCAACUACCAGUAA